UCAGGGAAAUUCUUGCCUUUUGUUACUCCACAUGGUGACUCAACUCUCUGUGAUCCCCAAACCACUGGGUUCCCAGCCAAGCAGCCCCCCACCCCCAACCAAUCCUGCAGAGUGGAGGGGAGUCCUGGAGACCCUGCCCCUGCUCUGGACUCUCAUCAUGGCUUGGAACAGAGACAGCUAGGACUUGGGGUUCAUGGACUCGCCCCCUCCUUCUAGGCUCUAACUCCCCCUGGAGCCAAGGAAAUUCUCUUAUAGAGGACUCUCCCAAGCUCUUAGUACAGUGUUCCCAAACAUAGGAAGUGCUCAAUAAAUACCAGUGAUUGAUUUGUUGACUGAAAUAUCUGGAAUUGACCCAUGUUUCCCUCUGAAGGUGUUCUUGGGUAUUUCAUUUCAGCUCCCCUCUUUCCGACGGCUUUGUCCUUGAUGGUGGCCCUGGGUGUGACCCUCCCUGUGCUGGGACUUCUCAUCACUGGGGGUCUUUAUCUCAUCUGGAAACACCCCAGGGACAAAGGGAAACUCCAGAUCGAGCUCAGGUGGAGCAGGGGCCAGUUGCACAUGGCCAACGUCACUCUCGAUCCCGACACGGCGUAUCGCUUUCUCGUCCUGUCUGAGGAUGGGAAACGGGUGACAGUGGGAUUCAUACGGCAGGACCUGCCCGACAAGCCGGAGAGAUUCAGUGAUGUUUGGUGUGUGCUGGGCCGCGAGUGCUUCACCUCCGGGACACAUUGCUGGGCGGUGGAUGUGGAAGACGCGACCGUCUGGUCUCUGGGGGUCUGUAGGGAAAAUGUGAGGAGAAAAGGGAAGAUCUCGGAGUCACCUGCCGACGGACUCUGGGCCGUGAAGAAAGAGAGAGAACAAUACUGGGCGCUCACCUCUCCUCGCGUCCCUCUCUCCCUGACCACCUCCCCCCGCCGGGUGGUGGUUUACCUGGACUGCGAGGCCGGAGACGUCUCCUUCUACAGUGGCACCGACGGAUCCCACAUCUACACUUUCCCCCGCGCCGCCUUCUCGGGGACCCUCCGACCUUUCUUCCGCCUUUAUUACCUGUAUCAAUCCCUGAAAAUCUGCCCUGUCCCUGGUGGGGAAGGGGAAAACCCUGUCCCUGCCCCCGCUCAGGAGACUCCAGUGACCCCCCCAGGGCAGGGACCGGCCUCAGUCGCUGGAGAUGGGGAUCCCCUCCCUGGGGCCGUUGCCCCAUUGCUCCCCCCGCAGCCCGGCUCCGGAGUCCCUCCUGCCCCUUAGGGAGCCUCCCGGCCCUGACCUGCCUCUGCCCCCUGUACCGCUCAUUCCCCCCCCCCCCCACCCUCCCCAGGGCUGCAGCUGCUGUGUCCCCGCCUCCUCCGCUGCUCCCCCAGGGCAGGCCCAGCCUAGGAGGGGUCUCUGCUAUUGCUGCUGCUGCUGGGGAAGUGUCCCUGCUGAGGGCGGGGCUGGGGGCAGUAAAGCAGCUGCUGCAACUCUGGUACCUCAGUGGGGUUUUACAAGUGCCACUGACCCUCCUGCUCCUUACUCCUCCACCAGACCCUGAACUCGGAGGGCAGAGGGGCAGCUCGCCUCCACCGCACAGUUGUGAUAGACUCCAGAUUCUCCUGGUUUAUGGCAAUUCUUUUUGAACAUUCGUGUGGGAUUGGGUUCUGUUCCUGGCUCAGUGUGGCGCUGGCUAAUGUGGUUACAUGCCUCACCUUGAAUUCCCCAUAAUAAUAAUAAUAAUGAUGGCAUUUGUUAA